GGAGUAAGUUUUAGAUUAUAUAUGUUUAAAGACAUAUUUAUUGAAUCAAACCCUAUAAAUAACUGUGUUCUCAGAUAUACAGGAGUAAGUUUUAGAUUAUAUAUGUUUAAAGACAUAUUUAUUGAACCAAACCCUGUAAAUAACUGUGUUCUCAGAUAUACAGGAGUAAGUUUUAGAUUAUAUAUGUUUAAAGACAUAUUUAUUGAACCAAACCCUGUAAAUAACUGUGUUCUCAGAUAUACAGGAGUAAGUUUUAGAUUAUAUAUGUUUAAAGACAUAUUUAUUGAACCAAACCCUGUAAAUAACUGUGUUCUCAGAUAUACAGGAGUAAGUCUUCAAAGUCAAGCCGCAUAUGAACUUGCAAGUAAGGGCCUGAUCAGACCAGCGGGGAAAUCUGUACCAUUAAUUUACAACAUUCGUUGUACUCAUUAUAAAGCUCCUGAUUUCACUAUAGAGGUGAACUGUAUCAAUGAAAAUGAACUCUAUCUCAAGCAAGUAGUUCACGACUUAGGGUUAACACUGAAGUCUUGUGCCGUUUGUACUCAACUUCGUCAAACCCGAUAUGGGCACUUCACACUUGAUCAUGCCUUACUGCGGAAACACUGGACCUUAGAACACAUUCUGAACAAUAUCCUGUAUUCUAGAGAGCUUGUUACGCCUGAAAAAAUUACUCCUGCAUCGUCAAAAUUACAGCUAAUUACUGGAAGCAGCCAAGAAUCUCGGUCGGCUGUAGUGAGUUAAUGAUUUGUCUACAAAACCUGAGAAGCUGAAUACUGCUAUACGGUAACUAGUACUAUAUAAAGUAGUAUUUUAGUCAUGUGUUGAACGACGUUAAAAAUUAGAAACUUAACAAUGAUAUGUAACAAUCUAAAGACUAUCAUUAUGCAUUUGUAAUAUACGUAUAGGGAAAAUCAUUCAUUAAAAAUUCCAUACACUUGGCCACUAAUAUAACUUAUGAGUUGUUUUUUUUUAAAG